AUGUUGCAAGUGUUGAUAAAGGAGAGACUCAUGGCGGCAGCUGAUGAAAUAUUCGCGCUUUUCGAAAGGACGAUAGCGUCGUACGAGGAGGAACUUUCUCGAACAAGAGAGACUAAGGAAGCUGUUAGCGAGGCCCCAAUCGUGUUACGCGUUGAAGACGUCCAGCAGCGGAUGGGUCGUCAAGGAGAGCGUCGGCCGCGGUGGGGGAGCUCCACUUCAAGGCAGGAGUAUCCACAGCCCCCUCAAGUUAAAGAGGAAGACGGGGAACUUUGGAUCACGCCGAAGGAAGAGUGUCUGCGAGGGCAGGGGGAGGCCAAUCUUACCAAGUUGCCACUGACUGUUGUCUCUGUGAAGACUGAAGAGCAUGAAGACGAACCACCUGAGUCCUCACAGCUUCACCACAGAACAAACGUCCAGCAGCUGAUUGGUCGACAAGAAGAACGUCUUUCUUAUCCGCAUGCGGGGAGCUCCACUUUAGAGCGGGAAGAUCCACAGACCUUCCGCUUUAAAGAGGAAGAGGAGGAACUCUGGAUUAGUCAGGAGGAAGGGUGUCUUCUAUGGCAGGAGGAGGCCGAUCUCACCAAGUUGCCACUGACCGUUGUCUCUGCAGUGACGACACAUCACACUAUCCAGAGGAUGGAGAUACUCAAGAACCCUUGA